AUGGCGUCUUCUGUUCGAAAGAAGCCGCUGCCGGCGAGGUUACCGCUAUCUCUCAAGGAUGUCGAUUUCAAGGGAAAGGGGAAGGGAAAGGAGAAGCAACGUGGAUCGGUUUUCGAAACACUUCCGAGGGAGAUUAUCCAACAGUUUGUUCUGCCCUUUUCCCCAAGUUCGGCUGGGCGCUUUAUCCGGUUGCGAUGGCUAAUGAGGAGUAGAAUAUUGUAUGCGGCGGAUCCUAAUACCUUCGACUCGCUAACUCUUGUCAAUUCAGCCUGGCAUCAAGCAUCUCGAACUCCACUCCUCUAUGCCCACCAGCUGAGGAAGUCUGGCGCGAUGGAUGUUCCUGACGAGCCGAGCGACGACUCACUGCCCAACCUGAUCCAACGCUUUACUGCAAAGGCUCGACGAGAACUCUUUGAGACCAUUCUGCACCCGCGGGUCACCGAAAUCCAGCUCAUUUGCGAGGCCUCCUCGUCAGCUGCUGCGUUCCCAGGUGGCGAGCCAUUCAGGUUUGAAUUCUCGCCGAGAGGGAGGCACCUCCUAGCCUUCAGCUCUAGCCGGAUAUUCGUGCUCGACCUGUCCAAACCGGAGGUGCACGUUAAGCGGGAACUGAAAAUUAGUAAACGACCCGUAUCUGCAGCCAUUGUUGAUGACGGUACCGCUAUCGCUGUUCUCUCCAGCAACCACCAUGUUACCUUAUAUGAUCUCACCCGGGAUAAGGCGCGUAUCUUGAAGGCGAUCCUUCUGGAGAACGAACCGAGGACCAUCGCUCUUUCACCAGGGGCCGAGGUGCUGGGUGCGGCGUACGAUGGGGGCAUAGAGGUCUAUUCCUUGCUCCCGGGUGCGCUCGCUUCGGAUCGCCGGGCUGUCAAUUGUGAUACAGUGGAUUCCCUAGUCUUCUCAUCCGAUGGGACGAUUUUACUGGGGACAACGCUUAAUUCUAGGUCACCAACUACCGUAAUUGUAUCGGCUCAGCACUUUUCCACAGAUUUGCCUGUAGAAGGAUUAGCACAGCUAUGGACUACCCAAGUCUUGUUUCCUAGGAGCUCGCGCGAUAGCAGCCAUGCUAGCCUGCUUCAGGAGAGCCACGCCGAGGAUGAAAACACCUGGACCUUUACCUACGACCGUGUGUAUGAGACUUUCCGCGCUGUGAGGGUCGAUGACCUUCGCAAUGGACACACAUACUUUACCGGACCCUCGAGUGAGAGCCUGGGAGUUGUUUCGCCAACCACGCUUCCUGCACCGACCAGAGAUGGUCGGAUGGUUGCGGCGGGAUUUGGUGGGAAAGUGUGGGUUUAUGGGAUUCCUGGGAAGCUGGAUUUACCACUUGAGGGGUCGGAGGGGGGCAGUGUGAAUAGUGUGUCGACAACACCCGAGCGAAGCAACAGCACUGCGGGGAAUGGUGGUAGUGGUAGUGGAGUAGGGGGUUUGGCAUGGGAGAGGGGCCAAUUGGGGGCCAUCAAUGUUCCGCAAUGGCAAGUGCUCUGUGACAAAAUGAGGAACGUCUUCAUUAGGGGACGCGAGAUCAGUGAGGUUAAUUCUCUGGCCGGGCUGAGGUUUGUUCAGUGUGUGAAUGGAACGGAACGUUUGGUCGCAGUGGCCGGGGGUGGGGUUGAUGGUCUACUCGGGGAAGCGGGGGAGGAGGAGUAUUUGGCCAUUGGGGGUGGGAGGGUCAUGCUCUAUGAUUUUGGCAGGCGGCCGGGAGUGCCCGAGAAGACGGUUAUGACACUGGAGAUUGGGGAUGGGAUUCAAGGGCCUGUGGAGACAUUGGAGGAGCAGCAGAACGACAUCGAGGUAGAAGUGGACCUUGUCCGGCGCAGGACGGUUGCACAACAGAGGAAUAGUGACCGGCGACAGUCGACUCUACGGUAUGCUAGAGGCGACGCCGAUAGUGCCAGUCCAUCUUUACCAACGGUUUCGAGACAACCUCAGCCCUCUCCUCCGCGCCCUUCAUCCGCUUCCACCAUCUCUAGGCUUUCUUUUGAUGAGAACGAAGCUGGAUAUGAGGGUAUGGAUGCGACUCCUUACUAUCAUGGCGAUCCACGCUCUCGGGGCACCCUGCAACGGGCGGCGUCAGCGGCUAGAAAUGUACCUCAAACUGCUACGAGUACUCGAUAUUUACGCGUGGUGGGUCCGGAUGGCAGACCAAUACAGAACCAGGCGAUGCCGGGUUUCCGUGAGGAUGAUGAUUGGGUUCCUCCGCCGCCGCCUUAUACUCCGAAGAACGACAGCGAUCGCCCGCUGCCCCCACACCUUCUUCAGAGCCUACAGGGCCCCCCACGCUUCAACAAUUUUACCGAUGCAUCCGAGGAGCCACCGCGUGCUUCUAGCGCUCUCAAUCGCACAAGAAGCACUUUUGGGGCGAUAGUGCGCCGACCCAGUGUCUUCCGCAUCACCACAAAUAACCAGCCUAAUCUCAGCGUUCAACCCACUCGCCCCUACCCGGAUAUCUCCCACUCCCGUUCCGCACCCGUUAGUCCCGCGGUGGGAAACCCUGGCGCAGCGCACCUGGGCAUUCUCGCAAGAACCGAAGAAUCAGCGUAUAUGGCGGCACAACGCCAUCACAGCCAAUACGGCCGGCGUGGCAGCGCAGGUGACAUCCUCGCCAGCCCGCCAGCAGCUGGCCCAGUGCCGGGCAUGCACCGGGAGUCCUCGGCGCCACCACCGCAACCGAUUUACGACGACCUUGUAGGCCACUACGCGCCCUUGCCAACUCCUCAGCCACCACUACCUCGGACUCCGCAGUCGCACUACGGCAGUAGCCUCCUCCCAGAUCAGUUGCCGCCACAGCAACGAUCCGCAACCAACAGGCGCAACUCGGUCCAAUACCGCCCAACACCCACCCGUAGACCUAGUCCCGGCCGCUCGCCCUCCCAUGGGCGCAGGGUGAACCUCCAAGAAUCUUAUGCCCCGAAUUCUUCAAUGCUAGUGCUUGGUGAGAAUGGCCAUAGGCGGGGUCCGGCAUCGAGGGGGGGUAGUGUGAGGAGCACCGGUGGUACGGGAAGUAUUCGCGUGGGGAGGGGAGUUCGCGGGAGCGUUAGGAGGAACACGAGUCGGCCGGAGAGAAGCGCCGCUGCGAACGUCCGUGAAAGGAAGAAGAGGAGAGGAGAAAGGAGGGCGGUUGAAGAGCAAGGCGGCGAUAGGAUGGGGUGUGUUAUCGUG